ACAAAUUCGUGAGUUCUUCAUUGUGAAACGUCAAUCGUCAUAUCGUGUAGUACGAAUUAUUAUGCUUAUACUAGUUGACAAUAUUCUUUAAUUUAAUAAUUUACCUAAGUCGUACUCUGUCCUGAAUUUUAGACCAAAUAAAAAUCUGCGUGAUUUAUUUUUAUGAUUACAAACGAUUGUAAUAUAGAAUAAUAUAUCACUUUGUCUGAAUACUAUGUAGCCCCSCGGCCUAUACACAAUUUAGAGGUGCUCAUUAAUAACAACACAGUCUCUUGUCCACCACUUUAAUAAAUGGACCCGCUCAGCGAUGAUACUAUCCCUUUCGGAGAGGAGAACGCUGCAAACUCUACACAAUUACCGCAUCCAUUUGUAACCUUUUUUCACUUAUUCUUCAGAGUAUCUGCUGUUGUCAUCUAUUUUUUUGGAAGAUUAUUUACUGAUAGCUUUAUCACAAUAUUUGUUCUUAUUAUUUUAUUGUUAUCCAUGGACUUCUGGAUUGUGAAAAACAUAACAGGUCGUAUUAUGGUUGGUCUGAGGUGGUGGAAUUAUGUAGACGAUGAUGGAGUUUCACAUUGGGUUUACGAAUCACGAAAGUCAGAAAAUAUCAUGAGUUCCCUUUGUCAACAGGGAUCUGUGCAGCAUCGAGUUAACUCCAGUGAAUAUAGAAUAUUUUGGGCUGGACUAUGGUCCGUCACUGGAAUGUGGAUUUUAUUCUUUAUCACAUCAUUCUUUAGCAUAAAUUUUAAAUGGAUGUUAUUGGUUAGCAUAGCGUUAACUUUGAACAUAGCAAAUUUGUAUGGUUAUAUUAAAUGCAAAGGAGGUAAUCAAGAAAACCUGGGAAUUUCUUCAAUGGCUAGUAGUUUUAUUUUUCAAAACAUUGGAAAAGUGAGAGAAACAAUGUCAAGUUUAAAUAAUACUCCAAGCAAUCCGCCAAAUUUAAAACCAACUGGUAUUGUCUAAC